CACAUCAGGUAAUCGGGGGGGUUACGUCCGACGUACAUUUCCACAAUUUGUCCCAUUGCUGUUUAGAAGAGAUACUCUUGUCUUUUUGCACAUAACCAUACAAACUUUUCCAGAAGAGAUUUACUGUCUCAUCUGCGUGAACCUCUUGGUCGCGUCUUCCCUCCCUAUUCCUAUGCAGGAGCAUUGCAUAAAUGACAUACAGGUUUACUAACCUUACGAGAAGGGGAACGUUCCAAUUCCCUAGUAUGAGGGCACCCGUUCCGUCCCGUUUCCUUGAAGAUUUCUUUCUGGGACCUCGAAAGGAGGUUCUAUCGCUCAAACCCAAGAUCAAAAAUGUCUACCCAAACGUGACACUUUGUAAUGCUGUGAUUUGCUACACUGACCACAGAGGAAGUAGAAUAUGACCUAGUAGAACUGAUCUUGGGAGAAUUUAUGAUGUCCACAGGUACAGGUAGCAGGAAAAACCAUCGGGCUGUGUGCCUUGAAGGAGUCGAUCCUGAAACCUGCAUGAUAGUGUUUAAAACCCAUUGGGCACAGGUUGUGAAAAUCUUGGAGAAGCAUGACCCGUUUAAAAAUAUCCAGGCAAAAUAUGGGGCAAUUCCUCCAGAUGAAGCCAGCACUGUGCAGAAUUAUGUAGAGCACAUGCUCUUCUUGUUAAUUGAAGAACACACAAAGGAUGCUGCAAUGGGACCUAUCCUGGAGUUUGUUGUCACAGAGAAUAUCAUGGAGAAGCUCUUCCUCUGGAGUCUCAGGAGAGAAUUCACAGAUGAGAUGAAAAUUGAGCAGCUGAAGAUAUAUGAAAUGCUUGUCUCUCAGUCUCACCAGCCCCUGCUGCAUCACAAACCCAUCCUGAAACCUUUGAUGAUGUUGCUGAGUUCUUGCUCAGGAACCACUACACCAGCUGUGGAAGUAGAGCUGGUAGUUCUGCUGAACCAGCUGUGCUCAAUCCUAGCCAAAGAUCCAUCCAUUUUGGAACUCUUUUUCCAUACCAGUGAGGACCAAGGAGCUGCAAACUUCCUAAUUUUCUCUCUCUUGAUUCCUUUCAUCCAUCGAGAAGGGACUGUAGGUCAGCAGGCUCGUGAUGCACUGCUCUUUAUUAUGUCACUUUCUGCGGAAAACAGUAUGGUUGCUAAUCACAUAGUAGAAAACACUUACUUUUGUCCGGUGCUAGCAACAGGCUUAAGUGGCCUAUAUUCAUCUCUGCCUACAAAACUAGAAGAUAAAGGAGAAGAAUGGCACUGUCUGCUGAAAGAUGACUGGCUCCUUUCUCCAGCUCUUGUUAAAUUUAUGAACUCCCUAGAGUUUUGCAAUGCAGUGAUUCAGGUGGCACAUUCUUUGAUUCGCAACCAACUUGUAAACUAUAUUUAUAAUGGAUUUCUAGUGCCAGUAAUGGCUCCAGCUCUUCAUAAGGUGACUGUGGAGGAGGUAAUGACAACAACUGCAUACUUGGAUCUGUUUUUGCGGAGUGUUUCAGAGCCAGCUCUGCUGAAGAUCUUCCUCCGUUUUAUCCUGCUGCACCGUCAUGAGAAUGUGCACAUCUUGGACACUCUUACAAGCCGCAUAAACACUCCAUUCCGGCUCUGUGUGGUUUCCUUGGCAUUAUUCAGAACACUUAUCAGUUUGCAUUGUGAAGAUGUGAUGUUACAGCUAGUUUUAAGGUACUUGAUAUCAUGUAAUCACAUCAUGUUGAGCCAAAGAUGGGCUGUCAGGGAAAAAGACUGGUAUUCGGUGUCUGCUGCUAGACUGCUUGCCUUGACUCCAGUCUGCUGCUCUAGUGGGAUUACUCUGACGUUGGAAAGGCAAGAAAAGGAUUAUAUCCUGUGGAGAAAGAACCUACACGGAGCAGGUGCCGCUGAGGAGCCACCCAGCAGCAGUGCUGCAGAUUCCACAUGUAUUGUGGAAUAUGGGAAAGCAGUUGAUAUCAGUUACCUGCAGUACCUUUGGGAUGCUCAAGCCCUCAUACUCCACUGCAUGAAAGACUGCCAGGUUUGGUCUGCUCCAUAUGAUGGCAAAACCCCUGAUCCUCAUACUUUUAUCCAACCUCUGAUUGAAGAUGAUGGUAAAAACCUAGAUCAGCCCAUUUUCCGACUCCAGCACAGACCCCCUAGUAACUGUAGGUCCACUCAGGUGACUCCGCUGGGAGAGAAGAUGCAUCUGGAGCUGGAGUGGGAUGAUAGUUAUGAUACAGGGAUUUCUCCUGGAUCUGAUGCUGGCUCUCCCCAGCAUGGGGAGAAUGUAAACAUACAACCUUCCACAGAGCCACCAAAGCACAUUCAAGAGAUGAAGAAGAAUGCAAUCAUGCUGAUUAAAGGGUCAUAUAUAGAGGAAUCAGACUUUCAGGAUGAUGUUAUGGUUUACAGACUGUGUGCUCAAAAAGAUGCUCAGGAAGUGGAUGGUUUAAAGACGCAAGUUUUAAAUGUGACUGUGUCAAAAUCUCAAAAUGCAGCUAAUCAAGAGCAGCUCCCUACCAAUGGUCCCCUUAAAGGUCCUCAGCCAGAUGCAGAUUUGGAAGAGGACAAUAUGAACUUGACCCAGCAAGCAACACCUGAACAAAUGAAGGAUUUGGAACUACAGGUGUCUUCUCCAGAAGCAGAUCACAAUUCUAACAUGAGCCUGCUGAGUCCAGAGAGCGAGGAUUUUAUUUCCCAAUGCGAUAACAUCAUUAAAGAACUGGAUUCUAAUUCUACAGGGUUAGUGGAACUUAAAUUGCUUCUUCCUGAUCCCAUCUCCCCAGUGGAAGAGGAGGACGACUUUGAAAAUUUUUCAGCUGACACUCCAUCAGCAGAAAGCAUGCCUUCACCCUUUGGAUCAAAAGAUCCAUGGUCCAGCAAUCCUGCAAGAAUCCAGAGUGUCCCAUUUACAGGACCAUUUAUCAGUGUGGUGCUGUCAAAGCUGGAAAACAUGUUGGAGAACUCUUUGCAUGUAAAUUUGCUGCUCAUUGGCAUCAUUACUCAUCUGGCCAGUUACCCACAGCCCCUUCUUCGUUCAUUUCUGCUCAACACCAACAUGGUGUUUCAGCCUAGUGUGCGAUCGCUAUACCAGGUGCUGGCAUCUGUGAAAAAUAAAAUUGAGCAAUUUGCUUCCAUUGAAAAGGAUUUCUCUGGCCUUCUCAUACAAGCCCAGCAGUACCUGCUUUUACGAGUGGACAUGUCUGAUGUUCCUCUAGAGUCAUUGACCAAAGUUUCAGAUAGUGUACAAAACCAUAAUGUUAUGGGGAAGGGUAAGAACCUUUCAGAGACUUCUCAAGCCAUUCUGCAGCCUUUCUUGGGAAGUAAAGCAAAGAAAGGAGCCACUCUUCCCAGCGUCCCCCUGCACAUCCGGAAUGCCAUCCUUGCGGCAGCCCUGUUUCCGGAAUUUCUCAAGGAGCUAGCGGCUCUUGCACAAGAACAUUCCAUUCUCUGUUACAAAGUAUUUGGUGACUUUGAGGAUUAUUAUCGAGAUUUAUUUUAAGAGAGGUUCUUUAAAAGUUUUAAUGUUUGUUUGUUUUAACACAGAGCUACUUACAGAGGAAAAUCCACUUUAUGUUCCUGGUAAUACUUGAUUUGGAGGAAGAUUGUUAAAUAUUUAUGUUGGGCCUUAUUUCCAACUGUGCAACGUACCAACUUGAUGUAUUAAUGGAACAACUACUUAUUGUACCUUAUCUCCACCCUUGAUUUGACUUACCUCAGUUUCUCUCUUUUAAAUACUGCAGUAGACACUUUGGGGUGAGUUAGAAAAGGCACAAUAUUACAACCAGCUACAGGAUUUCCUCCCUCCCGCUAGUAGAGUUGGUUGUUCAGUAAGAGAGUACUUAACAAGACCAGCAUGACAAAUCCAAUAAGCCUUUUAUGCAAAUGACUUUUUAGCUAUCUUUUGAAGAGGAAGUUAACAAUCCUUCCCCUAAAUUCUGCUUUACCAGUUGCUGGAAUUGUGAAUCCAAAUUGAUUCAAUGUAUAUAAGCCUGUGACUUUCUGAAAGCAGGUGCUGUGUUGAAUACGUACCAUGUUGCCUUAUGUUGUGGACAAGUCUGAAGCUCUCAGCUGUUGACUGCUUUGAAGUUUAAAUGAAACAGGAAAAAAAAUGGAUAUUGAGUGCAGACCAUGUGGAAUUAUCCCUUGCCAUUUCUCAGAAUUCUUUGGAAAUACUAGAUUGCUACCUAAACUCUCAAGCCUUAUUUUAGUACGAUUUGCACAGAGCAAAAUGUUUCUAUGCAAGGUGUAUUUUUUUGUAGAACACAUUUGUACACUUUCAUUGAUAAGCUAAAGAAAAAUAUUCCACAAAAUGUUUAAGUAGUGUUAAAAGUUUAACUAGCUAUCUAUUUUGUAAGUCAGACUUUUUUAAAAAUGGGAAAGAGUAGCCUGCCUCUAUACGCUUUUUAAAAAUAUAUAAAUGUUUUGGUUCAAGAAAACUUAUAUGAUGCCCAUGAAAUGUUGGGUAAUUAUUUAUAGUGUAUGUUAACCUGUCGUAAUAUUGCACUUUGGAGGGACAGCAGAAAUGUAUUGCUCUCUAGCAAUAGAAAAGAGGAUGUUACCUGGGAUAUAUCCACUGGAACCUGUUGCAGCUGGUGUCCAAUUGCUUAAGAACAUUUUCUUUUUGUGAGUAAUGAGGCUCAUUAGAAAGGGUCCAACCAUGAUAAAUUGCUGCAUUAUAGCUCCAUUUCAGCUUCUGCUAGUAAGAGUAAUUGUUCCGCCGGUGCUGAAGCUGGCUUUGUAUAACCAGUGGUUCAGUUCUUGAAAGCUUUCAUUUUUAUUUUUUUUAACAAUAGCAGAAAAUGAGAAACUACUUCAAAACAAAUGGAAAUGGAAUGCAAAGGUAGGACUUUGAAAGCAAUUAGUUUUGCUUUGGUUUGUAAAUGCCAUAUAGAGGUACAAAUAACAGCUGCAAUAGUUCGUAUCUGCCAUGAUGGAACAUGGCACCUAAACAGAUGGGCAAUUCCAUAAAAGUUUGGAAGGACUGCAGUGUGUUUGCCUCAAGAUGGUAUAUAUUUCUUUAGAAGUUAAAAUGCAACAAGAGGGGAGCCACUGUCUCCCUCCAUUGGUUUUCCCUAAUCAGGUACUUUUGCCCAGAAUCCUUUUCUGCCUGCAGCAUGGGCAUCUGUUUGAGCCAGUCCCACAGAAUUCAAUGAGGCUUACUUCCAGGUAAGUUGGUAUAGGAUUAGUCUUACCCCUAACCCUGGAAAAAAAAAAGUCCUGCAGCUGCCCAUGGGCAAAAUUAAAAGUUCUUGAAGGUCAUCGAAAGCAAGCAUGCAAGUUAUAGGCAUCUUCUCCAUGCAGGAACAUGACAGUCCCAUCCUUUGUCCUGUUUUCUAUGCCUGUCAAUGUCUUCAUACUGCAUUUGGUUCUUCAGUAAAUAGGAACAUAGGAAGCUGCCUUAUACCAAAUCAGACCGUUGAUAUUGUCUACACUGACUGAGUACCAAUGACUUUUCCAAGGCUUCAGGCAGGAAGCUUUCCCAGCCAUACACCGAGGCCUUCUGCAUGCAAAGCAAAUGCUCUACUACUGGGUACAGACCCAUCCCCAAAUAAACGCAGUGGUCUCUCAGUUCUAUUCCUGCACCUAUUUAUUGGAAGUAGAUCCAUCCUUUCAAUGUGCUGUAUGUUAACUGAAGCAGACUUUGAAGUUGGACUUCCCAACUAUUAUGUUAUCACACUGUUGUUAGAUUGUUGUUGUUUUUUAAAAUGGGAUUUUGUAACUGGGGUGUAUGUUAGCCAUAAACAUAUGUGAACGUCUGGAAAUCUCUUGUUAAUAUGGAGUUGGAGCCAAAUAUUCCCUUGCACUGAUGGAAGGAAGGCCUCUCCCUCCAGUGGGAAGACCCCUUCCAUCAAAGAAAGGGAACUUUAGGAUCUAAUUCACGUGGUAGAAUUCUUGCUGUAAGAUGAUUAUAUGUUUAAAAACCAAGGAAACAGCCAUAUGAUGGACUAUGUAAACACUUUAUGAAAUUUGACCUACUUGUUGAAAAAGAACAAACCCUAAAAUUGUACCUAUGCAUUUUGUAGGUGUGUGGAAAAUAGAAAGUGAAAUUAUCUCGUGCUUAGUGUUCUUCUGGCUGUUCUUAGUGUGAUACUUGAAAAAGCACUGACAGUUGAUGGGCAUAUGUGAGCAUUUCAUUACAAAAGCUAAAGUGUGCACCUUGAUUGGAACAAACUAGGUCAGUUCUUCACUAUCUGGCCCAAUUAUUUUCCUUUUGACCUCGGGUGCAUCACAGUGCUCACCUGUGAUCAUUCAUGCAGUCUGUCCAGAGUUCCACAUCAAGUACAAUGAGGUAGGCAACCUCAGCUCUCCAGCUGUUGAACUACAACUCCUGUCAUCCACAGCCACAAUUUUUUGAGUUGUAGUUCAAUAACAGCUGGAGAGCCAAGGUUGCCUGUGCCUGGCCUACAAUAUUUGUACAACUUCUAUGCAUGCAAGCUUCCAACUUCCAUUUCAGUAGGAGUAUCCUGGGAUUCUGAGAGAGGGGUGCUUGUAUGUUUAUUUAUAUUUACUCACUGCUUUUCUUCUGUAAUGCACUCAAAGCCACUUACAGCCCACCAGAAACAGUAAAAACUAGUUUUUUUCAAAACUUAAAACACUCAUAAAAACUAGUUGACCUCAAGUGUCAUGUUAUGAAGUUAACAUACUGAAGUUAGGAACAGCAGACAAAAGUCAAAUGAGCCAAGUAUCAAUAGGAUGUUUUAAGCCAUGGGUCUCAACCUGGGAUUCUCAGAAGUUGUUGGAUAACCCUAUCACCUUUUAACUAUUGUGAUAGGGGUUGAUGGGAGUUCUAGGCCUGGGGACCUCAGGCUGAGAAUACCUGGUGUGGACUAGAGAUGUGCACGAACCAGCACUCAGCCAGUUCAGCAGCGGGGCUUACCUUUAAGGAGCAGGGAGGGUGCUCGUCCCCACCCCCACCACUGUGUUUCCCCACUGGCACUGUCUCCAAAACCACUGGCAUAGGGUGGCAGCGUACCCCAGUGCCCAAGUCAGUGUUGGACCGGACGUGGCUGGUGCUGUUAUAACUACUUUUGGCAUUACAGUUACUAUAGACAUAUGAGCAGACCUAGUCAUUGAAGUGGAUCAUUGUCAUGUGUUCAUUAUAAUAAUAGUCUCUCUCUCUGUGUAUAUACAUAUGGAACAGUGGCUGACAUCCUGACAUGUUUCCUCUGUGACAGAGGGCUUCAGGAAUGUAGGAAAAGCUUUGGAACAGUGUGUGCGUAACGGAGGCAGACAGAGCAGCAGGGAUGGUCCCCUUGCUUCUGUGCCCAUUUCGUUAGUCAGCCAGUAUUCUGCUGCCCGUUUCUCCAAAGAUAUCCUAGGAUGUAUCAGUUGCUGUUUAAGAGGAAGCACUCUGCUCUAUUCUAAAAUGGCAUUAUUGCUCAGGCAGGCAGCCGAGAGUUAUAAGCCUAGGUAGCUCCUGCAAAUAAGCCACUGUAGUAGCUGAACAAAAUGCUGCCGAAUGAACAAAAUAUGCCCACCAGAUUGUCGUUAUCACCCACAUGAUGAUGAUACAAAUGGACACAAGAGGAAGCCUAGCAUGCCAAGUUAUCACAGAAUUCAUGAUGUGAAUUCCUGAAGUGGGAAGCAGGAGCUUCAACAUGCCAUCUGUACAAGUAUCACAUGAAAAGGCCAAAAAAUCAUGAGGUAAGCAGUAUUGAACAUGAUAACUUUGAUCUGUUUCCAUCAAGUCAGAUCACUGGUCUCAGUAAGUUUUGUCUGUGCUGACUGACAAUGGCUCUCCAGCAUUUCAGGCAGAGAAGGGUCUUUCCCAGCCCUACUUGGAGGUGCCAGGGGCUGUAUAUGGGACCUUCUACAUGCAAAGCACCUUCUCUUAGGAUAUGGGGAGGGGAGCCAUAGCUAUCUUGGGAUAGAUAAUCUCACUAAAGAUGGAAGUAGUUAGAAACAUUCUGUUGCUGAUCUUAAUCCCCCCCCCCCCCCAUGUAUGUAUCUGUGUACUUCCCAAGAUAUCCCUGGCAUGGUUAUUUAGAUCUUUGAAGGUCAAAACCUUGAAUUAGACUUUGAAACACUUUUCCCCCAAGAAAAGAUUGCAGGAAAUUGAUGUUCUAGGAGCUCUGAGGUUGGCUGGCUCCAGCUGCAAGUCCAGAAUGCAGCCACUUGUUUGGCAUGCCACCUGAAUACAGUGGUUGACAUUCUUCAUAGUCUUUCACUGAUGGUAAGGACCUGCUGCACAACUUCAAAAAGCAGCUCUAAAGGCGCAGUGAGGGAGCUGCUGUGGGAUGCCUUUAAAGUCCUUCCGGCCAGCAGUGCAGCACUCCUUUGCAUUGGAAACAAAGGAUCUGGCUGUCAUGUAUGUAGGUCAAUUAUGACAUGAUGAUCUUACUAUAUUCUGAAUUAUAGUUUCAUGUUUUGAGGGUAGCUUGUUUUAAUGAGCAGUUUACUGGGCUGCAGGCACUAAAGUUGUUGCAUUUGCAAGUGCAGCCACAAAAUGCAGGCAAGCAGACUGUCCUUAACCCAUGUGUGCAAAAUAGAGAUUUUACUUCAUUUUGCUAGUCUGGUUUGUGUCACAUGUCAAAAGCACACAAACCUUGCAAAGACUUCUCUGAAAUCAAGUGCUGCAGUGUUCUGGUGUAAUUACCCAAGCCAUGAUUAUAGCACUAAUUCAAGCUGUAGUGUUGUAAUCAUUCCUAUAUAAAUGCCAUCUCAGGGAAAGUGAAAAUUGCAUCUUGGUUAAUGUGGCUUUGGAUUGCUUUGCAUAAGUAAGCUAUUUGGGAUAAUUUAGUGAUGGGUACUGGCCCAAAACCGCAUUUAAAAAGCAAGCAAGCUAGCCCUGAAAUACUGCUUCAGCAGUAAUGGUUAACAACUUUCCUUAACGAAGUCAGCUCAGAUAAAGUGAUAAACAGGUUGAUAUGCAAUCAGCAAGGAGCUAGGUGCACUCAGCCCAGUCUGCAUCUACUAACACUUCUCCAAAUUGUUGGAUCUUUUGUUUGACUCAGGAUGAAGUAUUUUGCAUUCAGGUUAGAUUUGUUUACAUUCGGUCUUACCAAGCAAAAUUUCCCAUUAACUCCACACAUCAUAUUCACUGCAUUAAAGUCCACUUGAUAUAUCUGAUUAAGUAGGUUCUUGCCUACAGACGCUUAUACCACGAUGAAUUUCAGUCUUUUAAGCUAUCUGAGCCACUGUGGUCAGUUGGUGCUCUGUAGCAAUUGGCAUUUUAAACAUGUUGGCCCACAGGAUGCAAAGCAGUAAAAGUAAAGUGUGCCGUCAAGUCGGUGUCGACCACAGAGCCCCGUAGUUGUCUGGUAGAAUACAGGAGGGGUUUGCCGCUGCCUCAUCUCGUGUAGUAUGCGAUAAUGCCUUUCAGCAUCUUCCUGUAUUGCAACUGCCCGAUAUAGUACCAGCGGGGAUUUGAACUGGCAACCUUCUGCUUGUUAGUCAAGCAUUUCCCUGCUGCACCACUUAAGGUGGUUGCAAAGUAGCACAGAGGUGUAAUACUGCACUGUAGGGCUGCUGCAGACUGGAAAGGCUGCAUGGGGGCUGCUCAGAAGGAGCAACUGCACAAACAGCACUUCCGCCAGUUUCCCCACGGUCCCAAAUGGGGAAACCGGCAGAAGCACUGCUUGCGCAACUGACUGACUUGUUUGAGCAGCCCCCCUUCUGCAUUCAGGGUCCACCCUGCUUUGGCAUUUGAAUGGGAGACUAUGUAGGAGCCGCUCUGAGAAGAGCACCUGCAUGCUUGCAUGCAGAAGGUCCCAAGUUCCUUCCCUGGCAUCUACAGGUAGGGCUGCGAGAGACUCCUGCCUGCAAUCUUGGAGAAGCCGCUGCCAAUCUGUAUAGACAAUACUGAGCUAGAUGGACCAAUGGUCUGACUCAGUAUAUGGCAGCUUCCUAUGUUCCUAACUUCACAACAACUGUACAAUAUUAGACCUCUCUCAAUACUGUGCCCUUCGUGGACUGAUGAAAGUGUUCCUUGUAGAAUAUAGUUCAAAAAUGUUAACAGAGAUCAGCAAAACAACUUACUUCAUUACCGGUAGUUGUAUGCUGCUGGUCAUUUGAAAGCUCUUUCUUCUUUUUGCCCAUUAUGUUUUUAAAAAGUAGAUUUCAGAAACCUUACUUAGUAAAUAACACUUUCAUGAUACUAUAGAUCAAUCAACAAAACAACAUAGAGGGUCUGAAAUGUAGUACAUAACAAAACAGAUCCUGAUAAUAUAACCAAAAACAAAACAAACCACUAAAUAUGUAAAUAUAAAUUGUAUUGGAAGUAGAUCAAUAAUUUAUAUAUAGUGAUCUGGAUAUAGAUAAAUGAAAUGUAAUAACAUUUAAAGCAAUACAUAUGUACAAAUAGAAUAAUAUCAGAAACUAUGAGACCACAACAGCUCUCUGGUAUUAUAUGCUGUUUCAAUGUAUCUUUAAGGGUCUUAUAAGUUCAAUCAAUCUUCGAUAAUUGUCAGCAGUAGUGUCUUAUUCUUUUUCUGUUGGACGAUGAGUAUUUCUCAGAGGGAAUUCAUCAGUUGUUUCCUGUCAUCUGUCCAUUCUACAAGAUAUCAAUAUUCACCCAUAAUAUAUUGAUAAUGAUCUGUUUCUAACAUAAUGAGUAAAUGGCCAAUUGGCUCUUUAAAAUAUUUUAUAUCACAUUCAAUGUCCUUUAGCCCUGGUCAAUAAAUAUAAGAAGUGGAAUUUUAAAUACUAUGAACAUGUCUUACAAAUAUUAUUCAAUCAUUAUGACUAGAUAAAGUUCUAAAAUUUAAACAUACGUAAGUUUACCCCUAUUAAAAAGGCAUUAAUACUUCAAAUUCAAAAUGUCUUAACUAUUUCAAGCAAACUCAUCCCCAGUUAUCUUAGUUCUAAUAAUGCAAUUUAAAAAAUCAAUAAAAUGUUCUUAUGUUUAGUGGUUUGUUUUUGGUUAUAUUAUCAGGAUCUGCUUUGUUUUUAUUUAUUAUACAGAGCCAUAGCAUGAGCUCAUUUGUGUGCAAUUUAGUUUUUUAAGUGUAAUUUUUUGGCAGACCUAUAGAUAUUGUUAAACCAAACAAAACACAAAUAUCUUAAAAUGAUAGGUGAGACCCAGAGAGGAUCUUGUGUGCUUGUUGGCAGAAGCUUCGUCUUUCCAACUGCAUGCCUUCACCCUUUUCCUUGCUCUUCUGCAGCGUUAGAGCCACAGGAACAGCUGAGUGGGGGAGAGACAAGGGGCUGCAGCAGAAAGGAAGCGAUGGGGAGAGUCCUGCGGAGGAGGCUAGCCAAGUGCUUUCCCCUGGAGGAUCAAAGGGCAGCACCUUUGGGUGGUGGUGCAGCCUCUUCCCAGAAAGCCAUAACUGUUGAGGGAGUAUUGUGUUAUUCCAAGGCAGAUACUUUCAUUUUUUAAAAAAUUAAUCUUACCUCCAAACUUUAUUCUUGCUGCCCUUUAACCAGACAUGCUGCCCACAGAUUCAGCAUGCAUGUGAUAACUUUAGCAACCCCAAGGUCUCUGUCUGAAUACUGAAUCAAUUCGAGCAACUGUGACAAGUGGCUGCUUCCAACUCCUCUGGCAUAGGCACUGUAUUAACCAUGGUGUCUAACUCAGUUAAGCACAGAGGAUGCAUGUAAUGAGGUCAGUAACCCCUACUGGAGUUAGAAACACAGUUGGAAACCAGGCUCCCAGCUUCUGUCUUCAUACAAUAACUCUACUUGUAAAAUAGCCCUUCCAAGCUAGCUUUGUCUUCAGAAGCAAGCCCUUCUCUUCACAAAGCCUUGAUAGGAAGCACUUUAGUUUCUGAACAUCUUCACAUUUGGUGUUUGGCCAAAGCAAUAUUUCUUAGCUGUUUUAAACCUGAUUGCUUGUUAAUACACUAUCCUUUGACUACAGAUGUUGACAGACAGGCUCAGGCCUAGAAAUCUUCCUGGUUAUAGUCAUCAGAGUCCAGUGUCUCAUUGCCUGCACUUUAAUAUCAGAUCCGUGUUCAAUCCAAAUAAUUUCCUUUAAACAGUUUGAACUAGGAAUAAGUGCUUAUCUGAAUGUGGUGGUAUUCAAAAUGAUAGUUCAAACUGUAAAAGUCCAUAAUAUGGAUGGAUGCUUAACUUAGUCUUGUUUGGCACAAGACUGCCAAUAGAUCAAGAUGUGCAUUAUGUGUAGCAAUAAACUGAAAGACCCUAAUAUAGCUCAUCUCAUGCAACAGUGGAAUGCGUAUCCACUCAGUUCAACAGGAUUCAGAUAAGCACUUAGAUCUACAUGCAGAUGAACAUCUGCAUCAGCUUUUCAAAUGGGAAAAUAUAGAAAGCCUUCACAAGUAUCCUUGGAAAUAAAGUAUAUAAGAUGACACUUCUUACUAAACCAACUUGGUAUACAAGUAUGCAAACUCUUGUGCUGUACAGAAGACAACAGUUAGUUGCUCAUUCUCUUAAGAGGAAUAGAGUGUUAAACUGGGAGUCUGUCUUCCAUUGGGUAGCAUUAAUAAUGGUUUUCUCACUGCUGUGUGUCUGGGUCACUCUGGAGUUAUACACAUUCCUUCCAGCUUUGCAGGUGGCUUGUUAUAAUAAACCAAAAUGGUGUAUGUGUUGCAAGGAAAUCGCUUACGUAAAGCACUAAUCUGUAAAAUGAAUGCCAUGUGGCUCCAGAGACAUUUAAAGCACAAAGUUCUUGUUGAACUACAACUUCUAUCAUCCCCACACACAGUGGCCAAUAGUCAGGGAUGAUGGGAGUUGUAGUUCAAUAUCUGCAGGAGGGUCAAAGCUGUGCAGCCCUGGCCUACUGUGUCAUGUUGCUUGUAUUUGGUGUCCUGACCACCAGAAGGCCUCCUCUCUUCCUAAUGGGAAAAUAGCCAAGAAGUCCUAGCACUUAGGAGCAGACUAAGAGGAAACUGCUCUUCAGUCUACAUCCAUGAUUUUUAUGGAGAUGUUUUGCGCCUUUCCAGAUCUGAUCUUUCAUGUACAUUAAUAAGCUUAAUGUGCAAUCCUAUGUAUUUUUACUGAGAAGUAAAUCCCAAUAUGUUUGGGUAGCUGAUACCCAGGCUGUACCAGAUAAGGUGCAACCAUAAGCUUAUUGGCACCAGUGUACACCAAAACAGCAACCACAAGAGAACAGAGAAGACAGUACUAUGGGCCACCUGGUAUGACCAAAAAAAGGUAUGGUCCCAAAUCAUGACCAAUAUCUGCUGAUUUAUUGUAAUACUUGACUUCACUGGGACACAAGUUGUCCUUUUUUAGGAAUGCGGCCUUUGUUUGGGUGAUAGUUUAAAUGCACAGUUCACUUUCUUAAGGUCAAGUGUGUCUGAAACUGUAUCCGUGCAAAACAGGUCAAUGUUAUUGCUUAACACCUUAAUUAUAAGUUCUUUUUAUGUACAAAUUGUAUUGAUUAAACAUUUGCAAAUUCUCA